AUGGGGCCGAAAUCUACCCCAAAACAGAUAAAGUCAAAUACGACCAUCAACAACAUAUCCAAAGUGAAACAUGGACUAGUUAAGAAGCCUUGCAUGACCAUACAGCCACCCACGGCGUCCUCUGCAGUGGCAGCGGCUCUCCGCGGUGGUGCCGGCCAAGGGUCUCACCCCCCUCGGCCGCCACCACCCCAGGAGGUCACGGCUGCAGAGAAUGCCGAGGGUGGGGAGCAAUUUUUUCAGGGCAACACUGCAGAUGUGAUAACAAUUACGCAUCAAGAAGACAGAGUUAACUCCCCAUGCCCCAGCUCACAACAGCAUGCCCAAGUUAUCCCAGCUAUUGAGUUCCGUGAUAUGUUUUCCUUCAUCAAGGACUCUAUAAGAGAUAUACAGAGUGAUGUUGCAAAUAUACGUCAUGAAAUGGUCGCCCAGGAAACACGAAUUCUACGCAAAAUGGAUGAAAAGGUACAAACAAUCCAAACUGAUCUUAGAUCGGAAUUAGUAUCAUCAACAGCUGCUCUCCAAGACCGUAUAGCAUCUAUUGAACAAAACAUUUCCAAAAGCGAUAGUGUUGCUGAAGAAUUUCGCUCUAUCAUUGUCAAAAACCUUGAGGAUACAAAUAAGUCUGACCCAAUUCAGGUAAAUGACCUAAUUCAAGGCCUGGGUCUCAAAGACAUUCCUGUCGAGCAUGUCUCAAGAAAGGAAAAACGUCAAGGUGCCAAGUACCCUGGUAUCGUGACUGUUGUUUUUAAAGAUAAAGCCUCAAAAGAAGAAGUUCUAAAAUCAAAACGUAAUCUGAAAAACAAUCCCAGAUAUAGAAAUACGUAUAUUGAAAAUUUUGUUACCUCAGAAGUCAGAAAAAUGAACUCAAAUCUAAGGACUGUACUCAAAGCAGCAGGUAAAGACACCGAGUUUGUUCUAAGAAAUGGUAUGUUUGUAAAGAAGGACGCCAAACAAUAG